AUGAUUAGAUGGAUACCUGGCUCAGAUGAUUUGUUUGUAGCCACAUUUAAGAAUGGGUGUGUUAUGAUCAUGGACAAAGAAAGGGACGAUCAGUCAUUUAGUAUACCUGAGCCAACAACAUGGGUAGAAUCUCAAUUUACUGCAUUGAGACCCCACAAGAGCUCGAAAUAUAACCCUGUAUCCUGCUGGAAAAUAAGCACAAAAGGAUUGACAGAUUUUGCAUUCAGUCCAGAUGGAGUUCAUUUAGCUGUUACUGGUGUUGAUGGCCAAUUAAGGGUGAUUGACUUUAGAAAUGAAAGAUUGCUUGAUGUCUAUUCAAGUUAUUAUGGUAAACUCAACUGUGUAGACUGGAGUCCAGAUGGUCGCUAUAUAUUGACGGGUGGGGAAGAUGACCUUGUUACAUUAUGGUCCUUUUUAGAAAAGAAGAUGGUUGCUCGAUGCCAAGGCCAUAAAUCAUGGGUGACAGGUGUUGCUUUUGACCGUUGGAAAUGUGAUGAGCAAACUUAUCGAUUUGCAAGUGUAGGUGAGGACUGCAACUUGAUAUUUUGGGACUUCUCUUAUAGUGCACUUCAAAAACCAAAACAUCCUCGCGUGGUUGCUUCUUCACCCACUUCACCUACAUCUAAAAAAUCACCUAUUUUGCAAUCAUCAUCUUCACCGCCACCGCCACCACCACCAGCACCUCAGCCCAUACCACCCACACCAGCACCUUUAGCACCGCUUUUAGUGGAGCGGAAAAAGUCAUUAAAGACACACAGACUCUUUCGAGGCUUUUCUUCACCUGACACAUCGACUAUUCUGAGUAGCAGUAGUACAAGCAGCAACAGCAGUAGUACUGUAGGCUCCUCAUUUAGUCGAUUCAGAAAACGGUCUUCUCGGUCUCAUAAUUUGUUUAGCAAUAGUAGUUCCAACACAGAUUUUACGGCUGCUCCUGUGGAAGAUACAGUAGAAGAACAAUGGAAGCAGCAACAUUUGCCUGUCUUGCAUCCUCCUUUAAAAAAGAAUCAAGCAGCUAUCUUACAGCCAACAACCAUUAGAGCAAUUCAUGCUGACCCUUGCUUGUCUGUUACUUUUAGACAAGAUACAAUUGUAACAACAGACAGAAGAGGUCGAAUUCGUACUUGGGGCAGGCCUUAA